CCCGCGGGCGCCGGCGAGGGCGGGGCGCGGCGGCCCCGGAGUCCGGCGCUGCCUCAGGCCGCGGAGGCGAUGCUGGCUGCCGCGGGGCCCGCGGGGAUGUGACGAGCGGUCCUCGCCUCUCCGGCUGUGCUGGGGCCCGUAGGUCGCUGGGCGACCCGCAGCCGGGCCGCGACCUCCGCACGAUUCUUUCAAAGAUUUUAAGAGCAAAUGCACCUUAUAGCUCAUGGAAGAAAAAACACAAAUCAAGACGUUUUUGGGUUCCAAGUUGCCAAAGUACGGAACAAAAUCUGUAAGAAGUACACUGCAGCCAAUGCCAAAUGGGGCACCUGUUAAUUUAUUGGGAACUUCCAGGAAUGGCAAUGUCAAAAGUUACAUCAAAAAUAAUGGCUCUGCUUGUCCAUCAUCCCAUUCAUUUAAUUGGAGAAUGGCCAGUAAAUACCAACUCAGUGCACAGAGUGCUGAAGAGCCUGACAAUUCUCAGAGUUCACACGAUAAAGUAAUUGAUCCUGAAAAACACGCACCUACCCAAGGAAUGUUUGAUAAAAAUGGGAUAAAGGGAGGUCUGAAAAGUGUUUCUUUACUCACAUCGAAGUUAGCAAAGCCAUCCACCAUGUUUGUGUCAUCUACAGAGGAGUUAAACCAAAAGACUUUGUCUGGAGCAUCUAAUUUGGGUAAAUUCACCAAAGGCAAAUUAUUAGGAAGGACUUCCUAUUCUUCAGUCAGUGCGCCAAAAUCGCAGUUGAAUGGGUUUUAUGGGAACCGAUCAGCUGGUGGCAUACAAAGGCCGAGAGCAAACUCCUGUGCCACCAGGAGCAGUUCUGGGGAGAGUUUAGCACAGUCCCCAGACAAUGCUAAGUCUCUUACGUGUGAGAAAAUGGUAAGGUCACAGAGCUUUUCACAUUCCAUCCAGAAUCCAUUCCUCCCACCGUCAUCUCUCACCAGAUCACAUUCCUUCAACAGAGCUGCAGAUCUCCCAAAGCCUUAUCAGAACCAACAGCUACCCAUCAGGGUGCCUCUGAGGGCGAGCAUGCUAACUAGAAAUUCCCGGCAGUCGGAAGUACUCAAUGCGAAUGAGCGUUUAGGCUAUGGGUUUAACAGGCCUUAUGCAGCUGCGGGAAAGAAGGUGGCUUUACCAAACGGCCCAGGGGUAACUUCCACUUUGGGUUAUCGGGUGGUUCAUCCCUCUCUACUGAAAUCUAGCCGACCUCCGUUUUCUGGGACUAUCACCGUUGAUGGUAAUAAAAAUUCACCUGCUGACACAUGUGUAGAGGAAGAUGCUGCACUUUUGGCCAAGGACAGAGCUGCUGCUAAGGACCAAGCGCUGAUUGAAAAUGAUAGUUAUAGAACAGAAAAUGACCAGACCAUGAAGCGUGAUGCUAAAACUAGAUUCCUGAGUGAUGAUGUGGAUGACAUUUCCUUGUCUUCUCUGUCAUCUUCUGAUAAGAAUGAUUUAAGUGAAGACUUUAGUGAUGAUUUUAUAGAUAUAGAAGACUCCAAUAGAACUAGAAUAACUCCGGAGGAAAUUUCUCUCAAAGAAGAAAAGCAUGAAAAUGUACCAUCGAAGGAUGUAUUUGAUUCCCCCAAGGAAAAUGAAAAAUCCUUCAGUAAAACUGAUGAGUGGAUAGAUUUAAGUGUCUCUGACAGGAGUGAAUGUACAAAACAUCCUUCUGGGGAUAACUUGAUUUCACCAGAUGCAGAUUACAGAGCUGGUUCUUCGUUUGAACUCUCUCCCUCGGAUAGCUCUGAUGGGACGUACAUGUGGGACGAAGAGGGCUUGGAGCCCAUUGGAAACGUCCAUCCGGUUGGCAGCUAUGAGUCCUCUGAAAUGAACAGCAUAGAUAUUCUGAAUAACCUUGAAUCAUGUGACCUUGAGGAUGAUGACCUUAUGCUUGAUGUGGAUCUGCCUGAGGAUGCACCUCUUGAAAAUGUGGAGUGUGACAAUAUGAACCGCUUUGACCGAUCAGACAGGAAUGCCCGGCCACCUCAGGAAGGAUUUUGGAAAAGGCCGACCCAGAGGUGGAGCGGACAGGAACAUUACCACCUCAGCCAUCCUGACCACUACCAUCACCACGGGAAAAGUGACCUGAGCAGAGGCUCUCCCUAUAGAGAAUCUCCUUUGGGUCAUUUUGAAAGCUAUGGAGGGACCCCCUUUUUCCAGGCUCAGAAGAUGUUUGUGGAUGUACCCGAAAACACAGUGAUACUGGAUGAGAUGACCCUCCGGCACAUGGUCCAGGAUUGCACUUCUGUAAAAACCCAGUUACUCAAACUGAAACGUCUGCUGCAUCAGCACGAUGGAAGUGGUUCAUUGCACGAUGUUCAGCUGUCAUUGCCGUCCAGUCCGGAACCGGAAGAUGGUGAUCAGAUAUAUAAGAAUGAAGAUUUAUUAAAUGAAAUAAAACAACUUAAAGAGGAAAUAAAGAAAAAAGAUGAAAAAAUUCAACUGUUAGAACAUCAGCUUGCAACUCAGUGUAACUGCCACCAAAAAUCUAAAGAGGAAAAAUGCACAUAUGCUGAUAAAUAUACCCAAACACCCUGGAGAAGAAUUCCUCCUCAAGUACUACAGCCUUCCAGCAGCCUUCCCAGACUCUCAGACCACGCCCAGGGAAAACUAGUAAAGCCACCACAUAUCGAGGCCCUCAGUGAGUGCAUAAUCCAGGGCAUGCCUCAGGGCGAUGCACAUCUGGAUGAAAGCUUUCCACACGGCUUGCAGCAAGAGAGCAGCUGUGGUCUGGAAGACCGGCCUUUGUCGUCAAGCCCGCAAUUCACUAAGGAUGUGGCAAAGAGUACAUCUUCUGAAGCAGACUUGAACAUGACCACGAAUGCUCAAGAGCCUUAUCAUUUGGCAGAUAAUCAAAUUAGUGACGUGCAGUUUGUCCCCGCUUCUCUUCAGGCAUCUCCCCCGUCAAGAACAGGAGACCAGGCUCAGAGAGUUGGAGGAAAUGAGUCUUCACUGGAGGGCCACGCGCCUCAGCCCAAGUCCUCGCAGCUUUGUAAGCCGUCCGCCUUGAAUUCUUUGGCACCUCUUCCAGUUUCUGAAUCAUCUUCAAGUAGGACUCCCACUUGUAAGAAGUCACCAAUGAUCAUACCAUGUAAUUCAGCUAAACUGCAGCCAACAUCUAGUCAAACAAAUCUUGCAAAUAAUCCAAAUCCAAAAGCGUCUAAGCUCCGCCCCCCUUCUGGCUCUUUCAAGCAGAAACCAAUAAGCAACCCCGGAGCAGAGCCUCAGAACUUCCCAGCCAAGACAAGCAUCCCGAGGCCACUCACAAGGAAAAAAGAAAUCAUGCAGAAUCCAAAUGGCAAUUUGAAUUCUGGGGAUUGUUUGGCUUCUAAUCGAUAUUCUCGUCUUCCUAAACCAAAGAUACAUUGAGCACCUAGCCAUCACCUGCCAAUUUGUUUUUUUAAAAGAACGGUCUGUUCUGUAAUAGCUUUACGUGCUAUUUGCUACCAUGAUGGAGGUUCCAUUGCAAGCUUGCAAAUCUUGAAAUUAAAAUGUGGAAGCUUCUACUAGUAGUUUGGCUCUUCCAUUUCAUAUCCUGGUUGAAGUACAUAGCAUUUUGGCAUAUUUGUCUCAGGUAAACACAGAAGUUUGCUUACCCAUCUCAGAGGCCUAACACAAGGCUCCAAUCAUGUUAUCCAUUCCUCUGCACGUCAGAGAAUUCCUAAUAUUCCACUCGGCAGGCAAGAAAUGUGCUUUGCUAACUUAGUCCUUUUAAGGUCUGCAUUAAUCGCGAUUCUCAGAGCCUCACCCUUUUUCACUUGUCCCUCCUGUGAACAUGGUUACUAUUUUAACUAAAGAUUUGGUGAUAAUGGAAGAUGGUAGUCUUUAAACAGAGUUCUGGCCGGUGUCUGUAUACCUAAAAGGUCUAUGCAAAAGCUCUGGUGAACACAGGAGAUCAGGCUUUUAAGGGGAAGUCUGUGUAAGCUUUAUUUUUCCUUGCUAGGAUCAGCAAGCUUGUCUCAAUAUUUAUUUAUUUACCAGACAAAUUCCCCAGGCUAAAAAUGUUUCAUAUUAUAUAUAUAAACCAAUUAUAUGUUACUUUAACAUCUUGUUUUACACACACACACACACACACACACACACACACCCCGCAUUUUUAUUUGUUUUUUGCUACUGGAUGAAUUUUGGAAAGCUUGAGAUACAUCUUGAAACCUGUACUUAAAGAUGUAUUCAUUUGUAACAUAUGUUGGUGCUAGAGUUUUGCUGGUAAUUCAGUUUUGAACCCUAUAGGCUUACGGAUCCAUGAGAGCUGUUUUAAGGUUCCACAGAAUAUAUUUUAAAUUCCUGUUGUAAUAUUUAUAUUUAUUGACUUUCUGCUAAUAUCCGAAGACUGGAAUAAUGAACUUGAAAUGUUUGCACAAAACUUUGAUGGGAUAUAAAUAUCACAUAUGUAGGGAUUUGAAACUAUUUUCUAUAGGCAAACAAGUUAAAAUAUGUUGAGAAUAAUUAUAAAUUUAAGUAAGACUGUCUUGAGAAAGCUGGAAUUCAUAAUAGUUUUGUUUUUCUGAGUUUUCCAGGUUUCCCUUUUAUGUUGGUGUGUGUUUGAACGACAAGUUUCUUGAAAAGUAGAUUUGGGAAGAGAAGUAGAAUUGGAGAGGGGAAAUGUGUCUUAUUAAAAGGUAUUAAAAGAUAUUUCAGUGGCAACGUGCUCAUUCCUUUUACUGUGCUAGGAAGGGAGCUCUGGAGCCUCCCAGGGACCAUGUGCACGCACCUAAUCAUGCUGUGGGCCAGUCGUCUGAUGGCUCAGUGACUUUGCCUUCCUGUUCUCCCAGAUCAUGUCAGCUUUCGGUUGUUCACCUGUUGCUUUUUUAAUUGGAAUUAAGGUCUUUCAGACAGAUAGCCUUUUAUAGAGUCAAUUUUGGUUGUGAUCAGCUGACCAAAAACGUUUCAAAAGGGAUUAUGGCCAAAAAGUUAGUCACUCAAAUUUCUAAGGAUUCCUUUAACAAACGUACAUUGGUGAAAUUGUCAGACCCUUUUCAGAGAAACAACAGCAAGUGCUUUAGUGGAAAUUUCGAAAGAGGGGUUUACUACCAUUUUGACGCAGUCUUCCCUUACCUACCAGAGAACCAGUCGAGAGAAUUUGCCCUUCCCUGGACACAGACUAUUUUUGCAUUUGGCGACAGGUGAGCAGCACACAUCCAGUGCCAUACUCUUAUUCGAUAGCACUUCUGCCAGAGAAGCGCUGAGUUUCAGAAUGUCUGUCACACGGUCCAGGUGUUAUUAGUGUAAAGUGACCGAGCACAGCAGAGCUCUCGUGUGUUCACGGAGAAGAGCAGGGACAGCUGCAGCUGUGAGUGGGGACAUGUGGUUUUUCAUUUUGAAGGAGAAAGCUGAUCUCAUGUGUUGUAAAUGGGAUAUUACCGCACCACAUUUCCCUAAAGUGAAACAGACUGAGGAAUUAGUAGGUUUUUGGUUUAUUAGGAGUUGGUAUAGACUCUUGUGGAACAUUUUGACAAGUACGCCUUUAUCUUUAGGGGAAAAGUUUUAAAUUUUUACUUUAAAAGUUUUCAAUUUUACUUUAUUUUAUUUCCACUAGUCUGAGGGAAAUGUCUCUGUCUGUUAUAUAAAAAUGUUGACUCCUGCAGUUUGUUUGUUCCGAUCUUUCCUGCUCUCUUUUGCCACCGAUGAAUUUGCAGAAAUACUAACCAAUCAGUUUAACUUCUCUGUACUUUUCUUGAGCCUUAAUCUUGGCAGAAGUCUCAUCAGUGUAAUUAUGAAGUGUAAUAUACGUGAGAGAAGAACAAUCUAGGAUGCUUGCACAAAACAACGAAGUAUUUGCCUGCAGUUUUCUUUUAAAAGCUGCCAGAAUAAUUAUUCCGCUAGUCUACUCCUUAGUAAACGUCAAGUCGCAAAUUCUGAGAUGAGGAUGUAGCUCACCUGAACCGUCGGAGAUCACCCUCUCUGAUUUGGCUGGAUCUCUGUUUAGUGCUUCUCUAAGUCAGCUCUGUGCCAAACCCUCCUCCACAGGAACUCAGAUCCCUUUUUGUCUUAGUUCUUGUGAUUUCAGUGAAGAUGGUUGCAACGUAUGAGUUCUACGUCCUAAAGAAGAAGUGUUUUGGAAGUUUAAGUUUCACAUUUGUGAAAGAGAAAAUUAAUAGAGUAUGUAGAAUUAUGCAUUUGACUGUUAAUGGGAUGCAUAUCAAAUUCUUUAAAGAAAGCUUGGCCUAAGGAGUUAAUCAGUACAGAUGCAGAUGAUUUUAAGGCAUUAAACAAAGAAUUAUAUAGUUAUAUCAUUUAGAAUGUUUCUAAUAACUGAGACCCUUUAGCAUUUUUCUUUUGGAGUCUCAUUUUAAUUUGUGCAAUAUUUUCAGGCAUAUAGACUACUGUUCAUUGUAUUUAUAUAGAUAGUAAGGAACUUAUUAACUAUUUUAACAAAUAAAAAUCUGAAUAUGAAAGAAAAUAUCAGAUUUGCACUUUAAAUGAGCUUAAUUGCUUGGAGUUGUGCCUGAAAUAUCCAAAUGCCUCCUAUUGGGUGUGGCUUUCUUUGUUGAAAUGAAUUUCUCUAUAAUUGUUGCUGUUUGAAGUACAGCUUCUCACAGAAUUGUAUCCUCAGCAUGUCACUUUCCCCAUUAAAGCACUAAGUUCUUUGAGUGUUUCAUUGUCCCCUUAAGUAUUUUACUCAGUGUAUCAAAGACAACAUGAUUCCCCCUAUAGCUGCCCCGUCUUAACCUUCCUGUAGCAUAGAUGGUAUUACGGACACGCAGUCCGUUCCUUAGCAGGGUUGUCAGGACGUUUCCCUGGUCUCUAGGGCACUGAGGAUGUAAUCUGGAAUCACCACAUAGGUUUGCAAUGAAGAUCAGUAAGACUGCAGCACAGGUUCACUUUACUCCCCAUCUUACACAGUAGUUUUCGUGUUUAUGAAUUAGUUGGGGUGGUUAUGUUUGCAUGCUUAUGCACACACUGAAAAUUAAUUAUAGCUGUAAUACAGAUACCUGAUGUUUUUCCUUGGGGAUGAUCGAUCUUGCUAUUUUUCUCAAUUCUGAUGCUUGAAUUACAUUUUCUAGUUUUCUUUCCACACCUCCCUUCAGUUUUUCUGCUGCAGCAAUUUGAAACAAUACGUUUGGACAAAUGAUUAUGGUGGUGGGUGCCAAUCUACAGCUAUGCUAUUAAUUAAAGUACAUCGUAUGUUUUAACCUUGCUGGGGAAAAGCUACCCACUUUCUCCUUGGUAAAGCAUUGCCAUAAUGGAAUAAUCCUGACCCUGAGAAUUAGAGUCUCUUAAGUCAUUACUAAAUAAAAACAAAACAUCACAAUCUUUAAUAUCUGCAGUAUUGUUUUUCCCAUUGAUUUAAAAAACCAGUUCAGAGUAAAUACUGUAUAGUAGAAUUUGCUUGUAAAAUGAAUUAUAAAAACUGGAUGUAAAGUCUCUUUCCGGAAAAUGUUGGCAUAGUAAAUAAAAAUAAAGUUCAUAAUUAUAAAA